CCUUCACACACAGUAGCGCACCGUGUGUCCAUGCAGUACUCGGACGUGAGCAGCGGCGAGUCGUGCGACGAGUUCGACUCGUCCAUCCACCACCACCAACCACGAGGCAGCCACCACCGUCCUCCUCAUCGUCCCACGCAUGCCGUCGUUUCGGACGCGGACGCAGCGGCGUCCAUCGCAGCACAGCCCAAGGAAACCUCCCAGCGGUGGCUCAACUGGUAUAUGGGCGCACCGGGAACGUUCGUCGGGACGUUGGUCGGUCUAUGCAUCGUCGAGGGGGUGCGCGUGGCGCCCGCCGUGAAGCGAUCAAGCCAAGCCGUCAUGUACGACAUCGGCGACGCGGUGCACACGGUGGGGGCUUUGUACUUUCGAGCGCUGACGUUUAUGACAUUGCCGUUGGCGUUCCUCACCAUUGCGCUCAGCGUGGCCGACAUGAUGAUGUCGAAACGCAUGUUCCGAGUCCGGUGGAAGCUAGUGGGGCUGACGUUGCUCACGACGUUGCUGGCCAUUGGCCAAGCGCUCGUCGCCGCGUGGCUGCUAGGGUCCCGCCUAGACAGCACCAAGUCGUACGAGUUCGUGAUGGGUCAAGCCACCAAUACCACCCCCGUGGUCGCGUGGCAGUGCCCCAACAUCACCCACCCCGCGGACGGGCUGCGCACGACGAUCCUUGUCGCGCACAACGUCACCAACGACCUGCAGUGCGUUCCGUCGUGGGGACCCGUGAACGGUUCGGCGCUCGACGAGCGUCUAUUUCUCGUCACUGGCAUCUCCAGCUCGAUGUUUGCCAACCGAACGGCGGGUCAGUUUACGUUUGACUCGAUGUCGGCCGAGAUCAUCAACACGCUCGUGAACCUCUCGCCGAGCAACAUGAUGGACAUGGUUCUGUCCAACAACGUCGUGGGGCUCGUGGUCUUUGCCGUCUUCUUCGGCCAAGCCGCCGCCAUCGCGUCCUCCCCCGCGUCGGACCUCCUCGACCCGAUCCAAUUCAUGCGGGAGCUCCACGCGAUCUUCAAAACCAUGCUGUCGUACGUGGUAACGUGCACCCCCCUCGCCAUCGUCCCGCUGUUUGCUGGCCCCUUCCUCACCGGCACCCAGACCGCCCGCGACGACUUUCCCCGCCUCGGGUACUUCAUCCUCGCGUUUGCCGCCACAUGCACCGUGCACGUCGUCAUCGUCCUCCCCGCCGUCCUCUUUCUCUGCACCAGAACCAACCCGUACAAGUACUUGUACCUGGUGCGAGGCGCGCUGGUCUUCGGACUCGGCUGCAGCUCGUCCAGCACGAGUUUGCCGUUAGCGAUCCGGCUCAUGGACGGCACCAACUCCUGCGACCGCAACAUCGCGCGGUUCGCUGGAUCGAUUGGCACCGGGAUCAACAAGAACGGCGCCGCCAUGUACAUUGUGCUCGCGCUCGUGUGGACGAUCCGGAACGCGGGCAUCGACACCGACCUGUCCGUGCUCAAGUAUGGCAUCCUGAGUGCGUGCGCGCUGGUGGCGUCGCUGGCCGUGGCGCCUGUGCGCACCGGUGGCCUCGCGGUCGUGCUGUGCGUGUUUCGCCAAGUCACGGGGUUGGAUAUUGUGCCGUACUCGCUCAGCUUUAUGGUCAUCGCCGAGUGCAUCGUGGACCCGAUGUCCACGGUGGUGAAUUUAUGGGGCAACUUGGUCGUGUCGCGCAUCGUCGCGCACAGGUCCAAGUAAGUUAUGCAGUUAACAGUAAAAAGUGUAUAUAGUUAGUUGAUGGAUA